CCCCACUCCUUAUUCUCAUCACAAAUUAUAAUUAUAAUUUUCGCCGGAAAAUCCCCCAAAAUUUUCCCUUCCUUUCAAAUGAAGAAAUCAGGAAUUUUGAUUGCCUCUGUAACUGCAGCUUCUGCAACUGCUAUUUCUUCUUCUAAAGUUCGAAUUUCUCGUCAUCAGGAUGAUAGUUCGAAGAAGAAGGAUGGAAACUCUUCAAAAUCAGUGUCAGCACCUGCAUCUUCAGAUAAAUUUGCUCCGAAAUUUGAUGGAUUAAGAUUUAUUGAGACGCUGGUUACUGCUCACAGAUAAGUCAAAUUUCGGCGAAUUCUUGAGCAUUUACAAGAGGCAGUAAAAUUUUUGACGGAUUUAUAGGAAAUAUCAGAGGAAAAAAUGAAUUUGUAUGAUAAUUACGUUUUUUUUUUUGGAAGUUUAUCUUCUUUUUUUUAUUUGGGGUAAUUGAUUUAUCAUUUCUGGCUUCCUGUUAUGCAUUUUUCUGUAUAACUCAAUUAUUAGCCAAUUGAUAACUCUGUAUUGGGGGCUCUGUUUUUCUA